AAACAGAGGGCAUCGCAGGAGAUAAAUGGCUGAGUAUGUACUAUAAACGCAGAAACCCUAGGCUUAAGAUCUAGGUUAGAUAUUAGAUUCUUUCCCUCUUUGCGAUUCUCGUCCUAUACACAGCAAUUCCUCGAAGUUGCCGAGCUUGGCCGAAACCCCUCUGCUUAAUCGCCCUCCUCGGUAGGUGAUUACUACUUGUUGUUCAUCUUGGAGUUUAACAUUCAGAAGACUACGUUAACUUUCCUAGUUUAUUAUCAAAAUUAAUUUAUAAAUUUAAUCAAGGAAUUUGCUAUUGGUUUAAGAUAGAGAGAAGGAUUAUAAGUUUGGCAAAUCGUAAAGUCAUGUCAAUAUCAGGAAACAAAGAGACUGGGGUUAGAUCCAUUUCCAGGCAGUCUAGUGAUUACAUUGCAGGUGUUCCUAUCAAGAAGAGGAGGUUCCCGUUAUUCAAUUCUCCUCCACCUCUAUCUGAAGUUCCAUCCGACUCACUACGAAAGGAACAAUGCGACUCACUACAAAAGGAACAAUCUGAAUCACUACAAAAGGAACAAUCCGACUCACUACGAAAGGAACAAUCCAAAUCACUACAAAAGGAACAAUGUGACUCACUACAGAAAGAGCGAUCUGAUUCACUACAGAAGGAUCCAUCUGAUUCGCUGGGGAAGGAGCGACCUGAUUCACUGCGGCAGGAGCAAUCUGAUUUGCUGCGGAAGGAUCAAUUUAGCCCAUCCCAGGGUUCAGCUAUAUCAAAUGCUAGCCCAUCUCAGGGGUUAGCUAUAUCAAAUGCUAGUGUUGCAACAAGUUUUUCUGCUAUGUCUGAUGUAAAUGAGAAACCUGUAUCUGAGGAAUGUGAAGGAAGUUCUGAUGUUACAAAUGUUACUGUGGUCCAAAGCAAUUCUAACUACCCUAAGAUCAAACUUGAGGAACCAAGCCUCAGAAUUCACUCUGGUUCUUUGGAUGAUAUUGAAAGCAAAGACAAGUUUGUUGCGGCCGCAAAAUCUGCAUGUCCGAUGACUUUGGGAAAAGCGAAGUUGCAGUUAGCACCAAAUGAAGCUCGUGAACUUAAUGUGGGGAAAGAGAUUCAUAGCAAAGAAAAAAUCGAAGGGAAGUGUAAAGCAGCGAUUCCUAUGGCUCCAGGGAAUAUUGAAUUGACAUUAGGUAUAAAGGAACAUCUUUUCCCAGCUUUGGCAGAUCAUAACAGUGAUGGGAGAGGCCAGGAUCAGGAUAGUUUAGAGCCUGUUUUGCUGAAUUUGUCUUUGAGUAAGGAAUAUACUGGCAUCCAGUGCAAAAAUGAUGAUGUUGAGUCGAAUAAUGGUGCACAGCGGUGUGCCAAUAGGGCAAACUGGGAUCUGAAUACUACGAUGGAUGCAUGGGACAGUUCUGCUAGUGAUGCAGCUGUGGGUCAAUUAUCUUUUGAUGGGUUUAAUACAACUGAUUGCACACAAGACAUAAAACCUUUUAUUUGCUCACCCAGGAUGAUUGGAACUCUUGCUGCUUCCAAACAACAUAGCCUUGUAUUGAGUGAGAACAGAGCUAAUUCCACCGUAUUGACCAAACCUUCUUGCCAACAAUAUAAAUUAGAUGACCCUCUUCAUUUAGGCCUUAGUCCAUCCUCUCUUCAGCCAUGGGCGAGCCCGGGACCUUCCAGCAUAUCUGGCAAAGAUUCAGGCAGGGUUGUUACUAAUGUAUGCUUUCCGAGAUCGGUGGCUUCGGCUUCAACUAGCAAUUUGAACAGUUUUAAUUGUACGACUGUGAAAUCAGAACCAUUUGAUGAGAACAGCAAAUUAGAUGAUAGGGGAUCUAAAGCCAAUAAUUUGGGAUUAUUAUUAGAUAAUAGAACACUAAAGCAUGGUUUAGUUGAGCAGUGCAGUCUUAACAAAUCUUCAAAAACUAGCACCCUGAAAUUAGUUGAUCGAGCAUCCAUAAAAAGGGAAACAGCUAAUGAGGGUUUUCAGGAAGCACUCAAUACUGUAGAGGGGACAUCACAAGGAGUAGAUAAACAGGUGCAGCAAGGUUUGAGCAAUCAUUCUUUUGCUGUGGCAAUGCCUGGAACUGCACAAAUCUCCUGCCCUGUGGGAGAACCUUCCUGUUCAACAGAAUUGACUAUAGCCAGUGAUGUAGCAAACCAUGUAGAACACGGUGAACACUCUAUUUACGCCAAAGGGGCCCAUAUUAAUGGGGAGGUAGUGCCUCAGGAAGCAUGUGAAAGAGCUAUGCCAGUUACUUUAGAAAAGUCUGUGAGUCAUGAGGGUAAAGAAUCGAGUACUUCUAUGAUGGUAGAUACUGUAAGAAGUGGAGAUGGAAAUGCUUAUGAUCCUGAGCAGUGCAGAUUGAAAUCCAUGAAUGAAGGGUUCCAAGAUAUGCAGGGAAGUGAAGGUUCUGUAAGUGAUGAGGAAAAGAUUAAUAUAUCUGCCGAUAUGCUAGAGGAAGAUUCUUAUAGUUCUGAUUAUGAGUCAGAUGGGAAUCAUCCUUCAGCUAGGGCUAUGGAUACAAAACAAGAUGGUGAAGAAGAUGAUUAUGAAGAUGGUGAGGUCCGGGAACCACUAGUGCACAAUGCUGUAGGUGAGCCCAUAUUUGAGAAAGAAGAAGUAGAACAUGUUGAUCAAGGUGACUCUGAUAAUAUAGCCAUGGACAUUGUGGGACAGCCUUGUGAUUAUCAUCCCACUUCAUCCAAUGUUGAGGAAAAAGAGGCUAUAACAAAAUAUCCUGAUGAAACAAAUAACCAAGAUACUAAAGAUUGUGUUGACUCGGUGAAGGGGGACUCUGAUAGCAGUGCUGAUAAACUUAUGUGUUUGCAAGAAUCAUUGACUGUUGAAAAACUGGCCAGUGGAGCUGAAAUGAAGACGCCCAUUAAGGACAUAAGAAGAAAACCACUUGAUGGAUCAGGUAGUAAAGAUCGCUUAAAGGAACAAGAGAGAGAAUUAUCACCUGAGCAAACCACUAAAGGAAACCAAGAAGCUGUUGCUGCUGUUAUUCAGUUUGCUGAUGAGAAUUUUAAAAAAAUUGAUUUAGUGGAAAAUUAUAAUAUAGCUCUGCCAAAGAUGGAAGCAUCUGCAAAUGGUGAUGAUGCAGCUAAGGAUGUCAACGGUGGUUGUAAUCGGAGCCGCAUUAUAAAUUUGUCUCGAGCUUCUAAUGCGUUAUCUCCUAGUAAAACAAGACCUAUUUCUGCCAGGUCAUUGCCAUCACGAGCUGGAAGAGAAAGAUUACCUGAUGUAGCACUUGAGGGAGAAAAGUUACAUUCCAGAGGGAGAGAUGAAUUAUAUGAGGGUUCUCACAAAUUUUCCCAAGAGAGGCACCAAGAUCAGUCGCCCAGAAAUUCUAGAUUAAAGUUUGUGCAUGGCAGAGGGAGGAUCACUAAUCGGUUAGAUACUUUACAUGGUGACUGGGAUUCUGACCGUGACUUCAAUUCAGAAUUUUACAAUGGUCCAACAGAGUUUCGUAUUCCCAGAAAUAAAUAUGUAUCUGCUGAUGCUGACCUUGAAUAUGAUAGUUAUAAUAUUGCACCAGAUGGUGCAUUUUUUGGCGCUGGUCGGGGAGGGAGGAAGCAUUUAAAUGAUGAGGGAGCAGUUUUUCGCCAUAUACCCCAGAGAAGACGGUCUCCUGGAGGGAGGGAUGGGCCUGCUGCACGUGGUGGUGUUCAAAUGAUUCGUAGAGUUCCGAGAAAUGUGAGCCCUGGUAGAUGCGUUGAUGAAGAUGGUUCUGAAGUGGUUGGACUGAGGCAUGGUGAGAAGUUCAUGAGGGUUUUUCCUGAUGAUGCUAUGGAUCCCAUGUUCACACGACCCCAACCUGCAUAUGAGGGAGUAGGUGGUCAUUUUGGCCGAGGUACUAGGAACUUUUCUUCUGUUCAGAGAAGGGGUCUUCCCCGAGUUCAUUCAAAAUCUCCAAUAAGAUCCAGAUCUCGUUCUCCUGUCCCAUGGCAAUCUCCAAGGAGAAGAUCCCAAGAUGGCUUUGGCGGACAUCCAGAACUGACUCAUCGGAGAUCUCCCCCAAUUUACAGGAUGGAAAGGAUGAGAUCUCCAGAGCGCCCUUGUUUCACUGGAGACCUAAUGGUCAGAAGGCAUGGCUCCCCGCCAUAUAUGUCACGAUCAUCUAAUGAUUUGAGGGAUUUGGAUACUGGACGGGACCAUGGUCAUCCAAGAUCUGUCAUUCCCAAUAGGAGCCCAUCUGGUCGGAUUUUACUCAGAAACAGGAGAUUUGAUGUUAUAGAUCCCCGAGAAAGAACAGAUAAUGAUGAGUACUUUGGGGGGCCCAUGAACACUGGCAGAUUACAUGAGCUUGGUGGUGAUGCAAAUGGUGAUGAGAGAAGAAGGUUUGGUGAGAGACGGGGACCUGUCCGUCCUUUUAGGCCUCCUUACAAUGAUGCUAAUGGUGAGGGUUUUCAUCUUAAUUCGGAGGAUGGCCCUAGGCCUUUUAGGUUCUGUGCAGAAGAUGAUCCGGAGUUCCAUCAAAGAGGCAACUUGAGAGAGAGGGAUUUUGACAGGAGGAUUAAGAACCGGUCAGGAAAUGCACCUAGAAGACCAAGAAGCAUUGAAGAGCAGGAAGCAAAUUACAGGCAUGGCGGGCAGGUGUGGCAUGAUGAUGGGUUUGAUGAGAUAUCUCGAGUGAAGAGAAAAAGAUUUUGAUUUUGAUUCAUCUGUGUGUUAGGACUAAAGUGUCUUGUUCAAGUGGAGAUAGAACUUGCAGCCUGGAUUGGUCUUGGUAAUUUACAGCCUGAUCAGGGAUAUUUUACUUGCUCAAAGCAUUAAGGAAGUUGCUGCUCUGUUUGCAGUUUUAAUCAAGUUGUGAGAUAAACAUCAGAUGCUGGCUUUGCUUUUCAGUUAUGUGGUUCAAGACUGGAUGAUUUGCAACCAAGACUGGAUGAUUUGCAUUGUUGUGUACAUAGCUUGGCUCUUCUGGUAUUAUGGUGGCUAAAUCAUCACUAAACUCGUACUAUAAGUUCCUACGAAUAAUGGGCAUUAGGGCAGUGUCUCAGCUUUAUUUACUAAGUUGUACUUUCAUAAAUUAUGGUGGCGCAUUAUAAAUAUUGGCGAAGUAUUUCAUAUAAUCCUUCAGUGAAGAUUCUCCUAAAGUUUCUUAGUAUCUUCGACUGUUGAUUUUGGUGCUUGGCAGUCCAGAGCAGGUAUGCUUGAAGGAGCUGUUAGAACUUUGAAUUAAUGUUUAACCAUCAAGGAAUAAUUAAUAUAGUUGCUAAUUGCCUAUUAUU